AUGAAGAAGGGAAUACACCCACAGAUGCAAUGGAUCUCUUAUGUGACACAGAGCGGUAGAUUGAUGCACGUGAUGAUGACAAGAAUCCACCAUGUGGGCAAAGUCUACCACUUUGGAGCUAAGCGCCAAAUGGCUCAAAGCAUUGGUCAGAUUGCCAAGUUCAAGCGUAGGUUUAACUUGCAAGAGGAAGAAGCAACAACCCAAGAGAACAGCAACGAGAACCAGAAGAAGUAA